GGAGGGGCGAGGGCGGGCCGGGCGGGCCAUGGGCAGCCGCGCCAGCGUGAGCGAGGAGCGCCUCGGGGUUUUGCCGGCACUGCGAGCAGGAGACAAGGCUGCCACCAUGAGCCAUCACCAGCCACCGGAGAAGCUGUCUCGGACAGACAUCUGUGGGAUGCUUCGUGAAGAGCUGUGCAAAGGGAAUGACUUCCAAAAGUCAGACACCCACAUCUUCAUCAUCUUGGGGGCUUCGGGUGAUCUAGCCAAGAAGAAGAUCUAUCCAACCGUCUGGUGGCUGUACCGCGACGGGCUGCUUCCUGAUGACACUUACGUGGUGGGUUAUGCCCGGUCCCAGCUCACUGUUGCCGACAUCCGCAAACAGAGCCAGCCACACCUCAAGGCCACCCCUGAAGAAGAACAGAAAUUAAACGACUUCUUUGCCCGCAACUCCUAUGUCUCAGGAAAGUAUGACGACCGGGCCUCUUUCCAAGGUCUGAAUGCUCACCUGAAUAGCCUUCACAAUGGCCAGAAGGCAAACCGCCUCUUCUACCUGGCCCUUCCGCCAAGUGUCUAUGCAGACGUCACUGGCAACAUCCGGGAGAGCUGCAUGAGCACUGUGGGCUGGAACCGUGUCAUUGUGGAGAAGCCUUUUGGCAAGGACUUGGAAAGCUCUGACAAGUUGUCGAAUCACAUCUCCGCACUUUUCAGUGAAGACCAGAUCUACCGCAUUGACCACUACCUGGGCAAGGAGAUGGUGCAAAACCUGAUGGUGCUCAGAUUUGGAAACCGGAUCUUCAGCCCCAUCUGGAACCGUGACAACAUUGCCUGUGUCAUUCUGACCUUCAAAGAGCCAUUUGGCACUGAGGGACGGGGUGGCUACUUUGAUGAGUUUGGUAUUAUCCGGGAUGUAAUGCAGAAUCAUUUGCUCCAGAUGCUUUGCCUGGUUGCCAUGGAGAAACCAACCUCUACCAACUCCAAUGAUGUGCGUGAUGAGAAGGUGAAGGUUUUAAAGUGUAUCUCAGAGGUGAAGCCUGAGAAUGUGGUGCUUGGUCAGUAUGUGGGAGAUCCCUCUGGCAAAGGGGAGGCUCAGAAGGGCUACCUGGAUGACCCCACAGUCCCAGCUGGCUCCACCACCCCUACCUUUGCUGCCGCUGUGCUCUACGUGGACAAUGAACGGUGGGAUGGAGUACCAUUUGUCUUGCGCUGUGGCAAGGCACUGAAUGAGCGCAAGGCUGAGGUGCGACUGCAAUUCCGGGAGGUGCCGGGCGACAUCUUCCAGCGCCAGUGCAAGCGCAAUGAACUGGUGAUUCGUGUUCAGCCCAAUGAGGCCGUCUAUACCAAGAUGAUGACCAAGAAGCCGGGCAUGUUCUUCAACCCAGAAGAAUCUGAGCUGGACCUCACCUAUGGCAACCGCUACAAGGAUGUGAAGCUCCCAGAUGCUUAUGAGCGCCUCAUCUUGGAUGUUUUCUGUGGGAGUCAGAUGCAUUUUGUGCGCAGUGAUGAGCUGCGUGAGGCCUGGCGAAUUUUCACUCCGCUGCUCCAUAAGACUGAGGCAGAGAAAACCAAACCAAUUCCCUAUUGCUACGGCAGCCGUGGCCCCGCAGAGGCAGAUGAGCUGAUGAAGAAGGUGGGGUUCCAGUAUGAAGGCACCUACCGCUGGGUCAAUCCUCACAAGCUGUGACCUCCAACUGGGUAGCUUGUAUGAAGGGGUGACAGCUGCUCUUCGCUGCAGAAGCCAAGCUGACCAGGCUGGGCAAAGGGAUCUCUGCCCCAACUCCUGCUGCCUAUACCUGAAAAACGGUGGUUUUUGUCCUAGGACCACCUGCUAGCCCUGGACACCAGUGCACUCCUCCAGCAUCCACUGCGCUUAGGUGUGGGCCUAGUCAUCUUCUCUACUGUGGGCUCUGCCUCUUUAGUUUCGCUCCUUCUUAGACUGCUGGCUGCAGCUGGGCCAGGUGUCCCAUUUCAGCUUCUGCUCCUUUCUAUGGGGGAAGUCUGUGGUGGUGCAGGAG